AAGUGACGUGUAGAUGUUAGAUGUGGCUAAUUAUUAAAUAAAAUAAUUACUUUUAAGCUUUACUUAUAAUAAUGUCAUCUUUUAAAAGAGAUAAGAAAGAGGAAGAAGAUGGCGGUGGCAACCCAUUUCAAAAUAUUGAAAAAACAGCUGUACUACAAGAGGCAAGAGUAUUCAAUGAAAAUCUUAUAAAUGCAAGGAAAUGCACACAAAUCUUAACGAAGAUUUUAUACCUAUUGAACCAGGGUGAACAACUUGGUUCCACAGAGGCAACUGAGGUAUUUUUUGCAAUGACUAAGUUAUUUCAGUCUAAAGACGUUAUCUUACGAAGAAUGGUGUAUUUGGGUAUUAAAGAAUUGAGCUCAGUUGCUAAUGAUGUAAUUAUUGUAACAUCGAGCUUAACAAAAGACAUGACAGGAAAGGAGGAUUUAUACAGGGCUGCAGCUAUCAGAGCGCUCUGUAGCAUUACAGAUGCUACUAUGCUUCAAGCUAUUGAAAGAUACAUGAAGCAGGCAAUUGUUGAUAAGAACCCUGCUGUAAGUUCUGCAGCUCUGGUAAGCUCUUUGCAUAUGACUAAAAUUGCUUAUGAUGUUAUUAAAAGAUGGGUAAAUGAAGCACAAGAAGCUGUUAACAGUGAUAAUGUAAUGGUUCAAUAUCAUGCCUUGGGUGUAUUAUAUCAUAUAAGAAAAUCUGAUAGAUUGGCAGUAACUAAACUAGUAGCCAAAUUAACAAGGAUGUCACUAAAAUCACCUUAUGCAGUUUGUUUGCUUAUUCGAAUUGCAUGUAAACUUCUUGAAGAAGAGGAUACAGCAAAUGAUUCAUCAUUGUUUGAUUUCAUUGAAUCAUGUCUUCGUCACAAAUCUGAAAUGGUAACAUAUGAAGCAGCACAUGCCAUUGUAAACCUCCGAAAAACAACAAGUCAUGAGCUUGUACCUGCAAUUAGCGUUCUGCAGCUGUUCUGUAGUUCUCCUAAACCUGCUUUAAGAUUUGCUGCCGUUAGAACACUGAAUCAGGUUGCUAUCAGUCAUCCUGCCGCUGUUACUGCAUGCAAUCUCGACUUAGAAAAUCUGAUAACUGAUUCAAAUAGAUCAAUUGCUACACUAGCCAUCACUACAUUACUUAAAACUGGAGCUGAAUCUUCAGUAGACCGAUUAAUGAAACAAAUCGCUACUUUUGUAUCGGAAAUUAGCGAUGAAUUUAAAGUGGUUGUUGUUCAAGCUAUAAGAGCUUUAGCAUUAAAAUUUCCACGAAAACAUAGUGUUCUUAUGAACUUCCUCUCUGCAAUGUUAAGAGAUGAAGGUGGAUUAGAAUACAAGGCAUCCAUUGCAGACACAAUUAUUACUAUGAUUGAGGAUAAUCCAGAAGCCAAAGAAGCUGGACUUGCUCAUUUAUGUGAAUUUAUUGAAGACUGUGAACACACAUCUUUAGCUGUUAAGAUCUUGCAUUUGCUUGGGAAAGAGGGCCCCAGAACUAAACAGCCUUCCAGAUACAUUCGGUUCAUAUAUAAUCGUGUAAUUUUGGAAAAUCCGACAGUUAGAGCUGCAGCAGUAUCUGCUAUGUCCCAAUUUGGGGCUUUAUGCCCAGAUCUAUUAGAAAAUAUCUUGGUACUUUUGGCUCGAUGCCAAAUGGAUACAGAUGACGAAGUACGAGAUAGAGCCACCUAUUACAGUCAUAUUUUGAAACAAAAAGAUCAAGGAUUGUAUGAAAGUUACAUAUUACAACCCCUGCAGAUUUCUAUUCCUUGCUUAGAAAGAUCGCUCAGAGAGUACCUCGAAGCACCUUCUGACACCCCGUUUGAUAUAAAAUCGGUGCCCUUAGCUACAGUACCAACUGAAGAAGAAAAACAGGCAACCGUUCAAAAAACCGAAGGUAUCCUUACCAUUGGGCCGUCCAAACCCAUACCAGUUUCUCGAGAAGAAAAUUAUACGGAACGCCUCAGCACUCUCCCUGGUAUUCAAACCCUUGGACCUCUUUUCAAAAGCUCUGAGAUCAUCGAGCUCACUGAGUCAGAAACGGAAUACGUGGUACGAUGUGUUAAACAUUGCUACACGAAACAUAUGGUCCUACAAUUCGAUUGUAUCAACACCUUAAACGAUGUUCUGUUAGAGAACGUAAGAAUUCAGUUGGAUCCUAGUGAAGGAUAUAUUAUUUUAUCAGAAAUUCCUUGUUCCAAACUGCCAUAUAACGAACUGGCAUCUUCCUAUGUUAUAUUACAAAUGCCUGAGGAUUUGCCGAGCUGUUUUGGGACUUUUGGGGCUGUUCUCAAGUUUAUUGUAAAAGAUUGCGAUCCCACUACAGGACUCCCAGAAACAGACAAUGGUUACGAUGAUGAAUACAUUUUGGAAAACUUAGAAAUAACUUUGGGAGAUCACAUACAACGUUUACACAAAAUUAAUUGGGCUGCUGCUUGGGAAGCAGCUGCUGCUAGGGGUUACAUUGAGAUGGAAGAUACUUAUUCAUUAAGUUCCACUAAUACUCUAGAAGAAGCUGUUAAAAAUAUUGUUCAGUUUCUGGGUCUUCAACCUCAAGAAAGGACUGACAUCGUCCUUGAAGGCAAGACAACCCACACGUUAUUAUUGGCUGGAGUUUUUAGGGGUGGCAUUGAAGUACUUGUGCGAACAAAACUUGCCUUAGCAGAUGGAAUCACCAUGCAAUUGACCGUACGUUCACCAGAUUCCGAUAUUGCAGAAUUAAUUAUUUCAGCCGUAGGUUAAAUGUAAUACAAUUAUGUGCUUUUUUCUCAUAUAAGUAUUAAAAUAAUACAUUGAAAAAUAUAA